AUGAUCCCGGGGCGUGCUCUGCGGUCGCUUUCCAGACAGCUGGCCUCGUCGUUACCGCAUGGUCGAUAUCGAUACGUAAGCACCACCAACAAUGCCAAAUCGUCCAUGGCGGAUGCGUCAUCCACCGCCGCCGCUAGCAAUGUGAUGCAAUACCGCCUGCCGCACAGUCCCAGGCCCGAGUCGCCGCUGGCACAGCUCCCUCUGUCGAACGUGCUGCGCUCCUUGCUUAUCUUAUCCAUCUCCUCGUCCCCGCUGCUCCUCCGGCCGUGCAUCUACGCCCUGUCCGCGCUGGCCCAUCCCCGCACGCCCCUCACCGAUGUCUCCCGGAACGCCGUGCUCAACUGGCUGAUCAAGCACACCCUCUACAAGCAGUUCAAUGCCGGCGAGAACAAGCGCGAAGUGCAGCGCUCGAUUGAGGAGAUCAAGCAGCUUGGCUAUCGCGGUGUUCUGCUGGGAUACGCGCGAGAGGUCCUGGUCGGGGACAGCACCACGAGUUCGCAGGAUGAGAAGGCUGCGCGCGAGGAAGUGGAGACGUGGUUGCAGGGAACAUUGCAGACGGUCGACAUGGCCACUGAAAGCGACAUUGUCGCGUUGAAGUUGACUGGUAUGGGCACCCAGGCGUCACACCUUCUCCAGCAACGAUUGCCGCCAACCGAUUUCAUGGACGCUGCCAUCCGCAAGGCUUGUGAUGCUGCGAUGGCGAAAGGCGCCCGUCUCCUCGUCGACGCCGAAGAGCAGGCGGUGCAGCCAGGCAUCGAGGCCUGGACGAUGAAGUACCAGAAGUACUGCAACAGCAAGACGCCCAACCGUGCGACGAUGUAUGGCACCUACCAGGCAUAUCUCCGCUCGACGCCCUCGACGCUGGCCAAGCACCUGGACAUCGCUCGACAGGAAGGGUACCCGCUGGGCGUCAAGCUCGUGCGCGGGGCGUAUCUGAAGACAGAGCCUCGACACCUGAUCUGGGCAACCAAAGAGGAGACGGACCGCUGCUACGACGAGAUCGUUGAGGCGCUGCUGACGCGACGAUACAACGCCAUGCUGGCCCCUGCCUCCUCGGACGCAUCAGCCCACCAGUUGCCACCGGUCAGCGUCAUCAUCGCCACGCACAACCGCGAGUCGGUGCAGAAGGCACACGCGCUGCGCUCGCAGCAGGCCGCCAAGGGCGAGCCCCGCGUCGAACUGGCCUAUGCGCAGCUGCAGGGCAUGGCCGACGAGGUCAGCUUUGAGCUCGUCCACGGGUUCCAGGACCGACAGGACGGUGCUGCCGCUCUAGAGUCGCCCAACGUCUACAAGCUCCUGACCUGGGGCACGGUCAAGGAGUGCAUGGGCUUCCUGAUGCGCCGCGCGGUGGAGAACACGGAAGCGGUUGGUCGGACGAAGCAGUCGCAGCAGGCGAUGGCCGCGGAGCUGAAGAGACGGAUUAAGAAGGCGCUUAGGUUGAGUUGA